CUCUGUGAGAGAGUAACGCAUGCUCAGUAGAGAGGAUAAAAAUGCAAGCAUUCUGCUGAACAUUUUAUAGUCUACUGUAUGUAGUCUACUGUUUUUUAGGCUGAGUUGCGCGCAUGCCCCACGUCAUAGUAAAGGAAAAGCAUAAUGAAGUCUCUCUCUCAUUGACUUCAGUGCGCAUGGUCAUUGCUUUUGUAUCAUUUAUGUCCGUCUGAGCAAGAUCAGCUGCACUUCAUGUAUUGCAGAAAUAAGUUUUACGGCGUUGAAGUAGGCUUUUUUCAAAGGAAUCAUCGGAUAAGGAAACAGAAUAUGUCGGUAAAUAAAGCUAAGAAAGUAAAAAUGGCUACCAAAUCGUGCCCUGAGUGCGACCAACAGAUUCCAGUUGCUUGCAAGUCUUGUCCCUGUGGCUAUGUAUUCAUUAGUCGAAAGCUUCUAAAUGCCAAACUGGGUGAGAGAUCACCACCAGCAAUAGACAAGUUGGAUGCAAAGAGGAGGAGAACUGAAAGAAUUCGCAGAGAGAAGAUCAACUCUCCGUCAACCAAUGACAUGGAGAAUAGAAGGCGAUGCCGCUCUAACAGCCAAUCGGAUCAGAUCCGGAGAGGGCGGGGCAGGCCAAAGACAGUUGGGCUGAAGAAGCAGGAGGAGGAGAAAGAAAAAUUUGAGAAAGAAGUUGAUAUCUAUGCCAACCUCUCAGAUGAGAAAGCAUUUGUGUUUUCGGUGGCAUUGGCCGAGAUCAACCGAAAGAUCCUGGGCCAAAGACUCAUCCUAUAGACAGACCAGAUAGUUGCUGUGAGGGAUUGACAUGUGAAACCUAAGAUUGUUACUGUGGAGAGAGACCCAUGGAUGACCACCACAGUGUGUCUUAACAGGGUAUGAACUCUGACCCAAAGAACUCCCUGUCGGAUUGGUCGAAGCCUUGGGAAAAUGGAGAUGUUGGGGAACAUGGGGAAGCAGGCAACUGUUCUGCUCAAGAGGAAAUGUUGGAACCAACUUUUAUCUUUAGAGAGAAGCUUAUGGAAUUGGAGUGGGUAGGACAUCUGAAUAUUUAUCUUUUAAUCACAUUUUAUAUUAUAUAUAUUAGAUGAUAUGGUAUAGGUAUAGGAUUCAUCACCAUGUCAACCAAUAAAGCUGUCAGUAACAAAUGCAAAUCAUUUCUAUUAAAAAGGGCAUAAAAUGUGUUGAAGUAUGGAGGGCCAUCCUAGCAUUGUAACUGGCUUCUAUAAUGUUAUUGGCUUGUACUGCUAGUAAACACUGUUUAUUUAAGUCUAGAUGCCAUUGGAACAAAAUGUUCAAUAUAUUUUGUAUCAUGCUUAGGGCUUUGGGAGAAGGCCUUGUACAUUUGUAUUUAUAAUGCUUGUGUACUAUCUUAAUUUAAGUGCAUAUUAUUUUAUAUUUUGUUUCAUUAUUGGUGACAUUAUAUGAAAUAUGUAAUAUUUGACACCUGUCAUUUAAAUGUCAAAGGCAAAUCCUUUUUAAUGUGACUUCUUUUGUCAUUAAAAUAGAUGAAUCACAACCACCACUGUCAGAUGAGCAAAUGUUAGUUUUUUAUUUAAGAGUGUGUUGUACUUUGUUGAUUUACUGCACAUACACUAUAGUACUAGUGAAUGGUGUGUAUUACCAACCCUCUCAUGUCUCUAUACGUUACCCUGCAGCAGGCAGUGAGGGAUGGACUGGGCCCCUGAGACACCUGCUUGUAACCUGCCCAUUUCUCCUGGAGACAGCUGCUGCUGCCAUUUCUCCAGCUCUGCUCUGCCUCCCUCCACAGGGGAAAGGCCCUGCCAUUAACGAUUCAUCCGUCUGGAACACAUCCCAGUUUCCAUGGAACUCUCAACAGAUUUCAACCUCACAGGGUAAUCCUGUUGGAGACAUUUUCAACUGCCUGGCCUCUUCUUUGUUCACCCAACUGUAUUGUAUACAUGUAUGAAUGUACAGAAACAUGCUUACAUCAUAUCCUGGUUAUUCAUACAAUGAGUGAAACCUGAGAGGAAACACUGCUGGCAUUUUAAUAUGCGAUGCAGGGCUGUUAAUGAUGAGCUGUAAUGACGAGACUUUCUUCUUGGUUCGGAAAAGGGUUCUGUGUGCUGUAUUAUUGACACCUCAGUCCUUGCGAGAAACUGUGGCCAUUCAGUGAACUAGAAAGAGGCAGUGCUCAGCAUGCCCCUAUGGGAAAUACAUCUGAGUAAAAACAAAAGACAGUACUGUUCCUAUAAGGGGGAAAGUAAUUCAUUAGAAUCUAAGUGAAGUAAUGCAAAGGUUAUUUGAGAGUUGGAUUAAAGAACUUUGACCCUUAAAUUCCCUGAAAUUGACAGAACCCAGAUUAUGUUUCAUACGAGUAGGGCAUUGGCAGUAUAUUGCUGUAAAUGAUCCAGGAUGCAUUUUUUUUUUAUGUCAUUGGGAUUAUGUGGAUUGGCUGCCGUAAAACGUAUUAAUUUCCCCCAAAUAGUCAGAGGAGACAUACACACAACGAAGAAGGGAUUCAGGGUGAACCCGGGAUUUUCUUUCUUCUCAAAGCCAUCAUUUACAUAAAAUACUUGAGUAAAGCCUGCCUGUUGCAAUGCAAAACCACAGGAGACGGGUGUCUACU